GUUAUCGAUUGUUAGCAGAAGAGAUUAGUUUCACUGAUCUGUGGAAAGAUUUCGUGCCGUCAAAAGUUUCGCGUAAGUGCAACGGAGUCGAUAAUGAGAAUUCACAGGGCGCAAUCUAUUCACGGUCGUCCAAUGGGACAAGAGAUGAGCCUGAAACUUAUCUAUGCCGUCCAGGAAAAUCCGUGCUUGUGGAUGGAGCGGGACAAGGCUUACAAAAAUAUUCUUAAAAAAAACGACGCCUGGAAAUGCAUUUCGGAUGAAUUCGGAGAGCCCGUGGAGGUUCUGAAAAAGAAAUGGCGCAAUUUGACGAUACAGUACUAUUCAAAUCGGAAAUCGGAGAAAAAAUUGGAUGUGAAGCCGGUGUGGUUCGGGUACGAGCCUAUGAGCUUCCUUAAUCAAGUGAAAAUGAAAGGCGAAGGCACGGGAAACCGGAUCCCAAAACUAGAGGGGGCGUUCAAUGAAACAAGUGAAAUGCAACCAACAGAAGAAUCUUCUACGGAACGUACAACUCCAUCUCCAUCACCACCUGCACGUCCGCCACCACCUGCACGUCCACCGCCAUCUGCACGUUCGCCUCCACCUUCAACCUCUUCAAAACGACAGCCUGGGUCUUCUUGCAAGCGUAAGAUUACCUAUCAAGAGGCGCAUGUAGCCGAUAGCUUGACAUCAUUGGAAAGAUCACUUGAUCAAGUGGUGGCUGUUGUUUCGAAGAGAAACAAAUAUGAGGGCAUCGGACAAUUCGUGGCCGAUACGUUGGCAGAAAAUGACGGGAGCCGAAUUGGCAAUGCUGAGUUAUGCUCGAAAAUUUUUAGUAUUUGUGCCCUCGCUACUAAGAAAUCUCCUCGUCGCGAUAUCAUCCGUGAGGUUACCGAUAAGUUAGAGCAAUGUGACGACGAGAAAUUUGAAUCGAUAAAGAGUAUAAUUGAACAUAUGCUGGAAGGCAACCAACCGUAAUGAAUAACUGUCUUUUGAUCGAUCCAAAGGAAUAGGUUCGCUUUAAGAUGACAAGAAAAUACUUUUAGA